CCUGCAAGGAGUGAGGGUUUAUUCGUGUUCCUCUCGCGGUGCUACUCGCGAGGAAGCUGCUCUUUCAGUCGGUUUUCUAUGACGCUGCUUUAUGCUGAGUCAGACCAUUGGUCGGGAAGCCUCACAAUGCCUCUGUAAGGGAUAACAAUCACGUUGCCACGCUGAUAACUGCCUGGGCCGUUUUUUAGAUCCUCUGCUCGUGACAACGGGAGAGAUGGAUUCUGAUGAGUCCAGACCCCUUUUGGCCACCAGUGUGGCUGAAACUGAGCUCCCUGCCGAAAGACCCUCCCAACUGGAUAUUUAUCUGAGCAAGGUCCAGAACCGGAAUCUCUACCUGGCUACAUUUGCUGCCGUCCUGGGACCGCUGAGUUUCGGCUUUGUCCUCGGCUAUAGCUCCCCCGCGAUUCCAGAGCUCAGGAAAAGCGUCGACCCGGCGUUGAGACUGGAUGGCAGCCAAGCAUCUUGGUUUGGGUCAGUUGUAACUCUGGGUGCUGCUGCUGGUGGGAUUCUGGGAGGUUACGUCGUGGAUAAGGCUGGCCGAAAGCUGAGCCUGAUGCUUUGCGCCGUCCCCUUCGUCUUUGGCUUCCUGAUCAUCACUGCUGCCCAGAAUGUCUGGAUGCUUUACGUGGGCCGGCUAGUGAACGGCCUGGCCAGUGGCAUCACCUCCUUGGUGGUCCCGGUCUAUAUUUCCGAAAUUGCGCACUCCAAGGUCCGAGGGAUGCUCGGUUCCUGCGUGCAGCUGAUGGUGGUGAUCGGCAUUUUGGGAGCGUACCUAGCAGGCACGUUGGCAGAAUGGCGCUGGCUGGCCGUGCUGUGUGCUGUCCCACCCUGCUGCAUGCUCCUGCUGAUUGCUUUCAUGCCAGAGACGCCGCGGUUCUUGCUCAGCCGCAACCAGCACCCAGAAGCCAUUGCUGCUCUGCGGUUCCUGCGAGGCCCCCUGGUGGACCACGAGUGGGAGCGCAGGGAGAUCGAGGCGAACUCCAGCGCGCAGGAGAUGAGCAUUGCCGAGUUGAAGAAUCCUGCCAUCUAUAAGCCCGUCCUCGUCGGGGUCACCCUGAUGUUCUUUCAGCAAGCGUCGGGCAUCAAUGCGAUCAUGUUCUACGCCCAGAAUAUCUUCGAGGAGGCCAGCUUCAAGAACAGUGCCAUUGCGUCCGUUAUCGUGGGAUCCAUUCAGGUGGUCUUCACAGCGGUGGCAGCCCUAAUUAUCGACAGAACAGGGAGAAAAAUCCUCCUGACUGUAUCAGGAUUCAUCAUGGCUGUCAGCGCCGCGGUAUUUGGGAUAUAUUUCAAAGUCGCGCUUCCGGCGCCUGGAAAUUCCUCUCACGUCUCCUCGCUGAAUUCCCUUCCGGGCGUGGCUCUGCUGGCAGAAGAACACAGACUUGCUUGGCUGGCCGUGCUAAGCCUGAGUGUCUUCAUCAUGGGUUUCGCUCUGGGCUGGGGCCCCAUCCCGUGGCUGGUGAUGUCUGAAAUCUUUCCCCUCCGGGCCCGGGGAAUAGCCAGUGGCUCCUGUGUCUUAACAAACUGGUUUAUGGCGUUUCUGGUCACGAAAGAAUAUUACGACUUGACGGUGCUCCUGACCCCUUACGGUACCUACUGGCUCUUUUCAGCCCUGUGCCUUCUGAGCAUCCUCUUUACUGUGUUCUGCAUUCCUGAAACGAGAGGGAAGACCCUAGAAGAGAUAGAGGCUCACUUCCAGAGGUCUCUUUAACCAUGUGCAGAGACCAGGGCGGAAAACUUUGUUCUUCCUUUUUGCCAUCUUCUUUCGGUGGUGGUGUUGGCUGGUUGGGCCAAAAUCUUCCGAGUUUUUGGAGGGGUUUUUUUUUUUUUUUUUUUUUUUGGAAGAUUACUGUGAACGUACAAUGCUUCAAGCAAUUUUGCUGGGUCCGGAUCACCGCUUCUGACCUUGGGAGACAAAGAUGGACUCAUACGGUGGGAGAAAUUUACUGCCGUUUUGCAGUAUUACGAACGGGAGGGGUGCUGGGUUUCUCCUAAGGUGCAAAACUCUGCAUUUCCCAGUUCUGAGAACUUCUUAAAUUAUUGGUUCGCUGUUCUUCGGAUGUGUCACGGAGUUCAGUUUCUGGCAUGCUGGUGGUCUGCUCCGUUUAAAACCUAAAAGCUAGAGAAACAGAGAUGACAAGCGGGGUUCUGGAGAUCCCAGGUCAUUUCCUGGGAAUUUUAAAGGUUUUAUUUUGUUUAAAGCGACUGCCUUUUAUGUACAGAGAUGUGAGACACUUUGUAGAGGCCGGAUUUUAAUGGCUCACUAAGGAAUCGGCCAGGGUACAUGGGGUUAAAUGAAAAAGAGGCAUUCAUCUGUUAUUAAUCAUUUAAUGUGCUCAACUUUAAACUUCGUAGGCUGCCUGUGUAUUUGGGUUCUGUCUGUUCCAUUAGUGAUUCUCACACAACACAAAAUUUCUGGUUAUAGGCUUGCUGUGUGAUCGUUGAACUGUGCCUACUUUCAUGUUACUUCUGCCUUUCCUUUCUUCCACCUUCUUGCUUAGAAGUGCAAUUCUCCAUCUGGCAUAUAGCAAAAGAGGUUGGUCUGGUUAAAAUGACAUCUGUCAAUCACUUGUGUCUUCUCUGUGUAACAGAGAAGGGCGGUAUAAAAAUCGAAUGAAUGAAUGAAUGAAUGAAUGAAUGAAUGAAAGACUAACAAGGCAGAUAGGACUGCAUAGAAUUUGGGGUCCUGUUAAAAACUACAACACUACUGCUAGAAUGUAGAAGAUGUUUUAAAAUUGUAGAAUCCAUAAAAUCAAAAUGUGAUGUGAUUAAGUGUUGCAUGGUAGACUGCCACUGGAAAUUGAGGUUCCACGUAGUCCUUAUGACCAAGUGGCCACUCAGGGCGUGAGCAGUGGGGCUGUUGGUAGCAUCUGGGGAAUGCCAACUCACGAGCUCAUAGAUUUUUUGACAAAUGUCUACACCCCUAGAAAUGGAAAACAAUAUUUUCACAGCAAUCUUUUCAGCCUUUGGCGUGUUGAUUCAUUUCUGGUCCCGACCACUUGGGACUAUAGAGGCCAAAUCUGCAAGGCUGUUCUCAAAGAUGUUCAAAGUUUUUAAAAAGAAAAAAAGACCGUGCAAUUUUAUCGCUGUUGUCACAGGAAUGGGAAUAGAUGGGACUGUCCUCCGAACUCCAAGUCCUUUCCUCUGUGCAAAAGUGAUUGCAGUUUUACCCUCGUCGUUUGAGGAUAGGAAUCCAGAAGGGUGAUAACGCAGAGAAGGCUAUGUGGGUCGAGCCCAUUCCCAAGAUCCAGCCUCUGUCCUGGACCUCUUCCCUUCCUAGGGGUCUUCCUUGUGAUGAAGGGUGUUCCUGUUCUGUGUGACCAGUUUGUACGUAUUGUCUCCAGGGAUGAUGCUAGAUGAAAUAAACCGGUCUAUGGCAUGUCUUCCGAUGCUUUGAGCAAGGUAAUGGUUCUGUUUCCAAACUUACAGUUUCCCUAGCCCGUGCUGUUUUCCUGUGUGUAAAGCACAGGGUGUCUGAAUAAUGUGGGGGAAAUCUGGAGGUGUGUUGUUUUGGUGUUUGGACUGGAUUCUAAAGAGCUGCUCAGCAACACGCAGGGGAGGAAAAAUGAUGUAGACAGGUGACCUGCUAACUGGACAAAGAGGCACCUAUUUAACGUGGUGAUUCUCUUUCUUGAGCAGGGGGAGAGCAACUGGCCCCAUCCAUCCCCAGCACAGCAUCCCUCCAGUGGCUGUUGCUGGUGUUUAUCUUGUGUUUCUUUUUAGAAUGUGAGCCCUUUGGGGACAGGGAGCCAUCUUAUUUAUGUAUGUAUUAUUUCUCUAUAUAAACCACUUUGGAAGCUUUUCUUGAAAGCAGUAUAUACAUAUCUGUUCUUGUUUGGAAGCACACAGAGUUGGGGAAACUCACCAAGGCUCGAGUGUGGGCAGCUGGGAUGGGAACUGUCUCUUUUCUUUCACAGAACUUGCAACCUAAGAAGAGCCCUUUUGGGUCAGACCACAGGUUAAAUUACCUUCCGCAACUUCACUUCCACAUGUGGGCUAGGCAGACUUCCAGGAAGCUUCUCACCGAGGCAUGCAGAGAGUCCAGAUCUGGCCUUAAUUGGGAAGGCAAGAGAAGCCCAGGAAAAAGCCAAGUGACUUCUUCUUGGACUUGGGAGGCCAAAGGACACACUGGCGGCUGCACUUCACCGCCGCGCAUCUGGAAGCUGCAACAGUAGAGCCCGAUCCACCAGGAGGGGAUCCUGUGCAAGCCGAACGGAUGGGAACGGGAGCAAGUUUGCUGCCAGAUGUGCCCUUGUGGAGCAGGAGAGAUUGGGACAGUUCUCUGUGGUGUUCUCGGUCGUGCCAUUUUUCAUCAUCUAUGCAAUAUAUUAAUUCUGCCCCAUUAAAGAAUCUCCCUGGCUGAUCUGAUGAAUUUUAUAUUUUGGAUCUUUUAGCAUGUAAAGAUAGUAAAAAGUCAAUUUAAGUCAGUGGAGCCAAUUUCUGUAUUUGAGGCUCCAGAUCAUGUCAAGCAGUUAUAGGUUUUUUUCAAAGGAAUGUAUUCAGGAAAAUUGUCAAAUUACUUGGGCUGCUGUACCUAUUGUAGUUUUGUGAAGUGUGUAUGUGUAUGUGUCUAUUUUCCUUUUCCUGGUCUUAGACUGACUGAAAUAAAGAUGCUGUUGUGCAA